AUGCCUGACCGAGCGCCUUCAGCUAGGUCAGAGAGUCCUGAGAUUCACAACUUCGUCAAAGAUCAUCAAGGCUACAAUUUUGGUCCGUAUACUAGACGUGAAUUCGACUUAGUCUAUAAAGAUUUUCAGUGUUUUCAGAUGUCCACCGUAACAGAUGACGAAAUCAUAAAGAGAAGACUUUUAAUCGAAGGCGAAAGUGGAAAUGAUGAUCGCAGAAUUACUCUAUUACUGAAAAAUUAUCUUCGAUGGGUAGCUUCUGAUGAUGUUGGUGAAGACGGCUACGAAGCCUAUCAAGCGCUUAUAGCUAGUGUUUACCAGUGUGAAAACGCCAUGGAACAGUCGUCAUUAGUAAUAGCUAUGAACUACGAACAGCAAAAACAGUAUGAGGAUUUAUAUAAGGAGAUUGAAACGGCCAUUGAAAGUGCAAAAAAUCGCAUUCAGCAAUGUAAAGAAGAUCUGAGGUCCGCAAAAACCGUCAGGAAAAAUAGACGAGAGUAUGACAGUCUUGCCAAAGUUCUUUGUGAUCAUCCAGAGAGAGAUGAGACACUUGAGAAGUAUAAAAAAUUAAAAGCUACUUUAGAACGACUGGAGAAUUUAAAUGAGGAGUACGACCGAAAAAUUCAGCUUAGAAAAACUCAAUUCCACUUGUUUUUGGUUGCCCUGAAGGGCUUACAAAAAAUUGUCGAGGAUGAUGAUUCGCUAUCUUCAGUCACAGAUGAUUUGGUGCAUACACAGUCAUCAAAGUCUGUACACGAAGAGAUUUCUAUGAAAAUGGAUACAAAUUGA